UUCCGGGCGCAAAGGCCCCACGUGUUCCGACCCGCCAGGCCCCGCGCGGCUCGGAUCCGGCGGCGCUACUAGGGCCGGGAGUGGGUUGGGGAGAAGCCGGGGCAGGGGAGGAGCCGCCGGAGCUGUUGGAGCUGUGACACCCAGGGCAGCCUCACUCAGAAGCCACAAGGAAAGCUAGUGGAGUCCCUCAUCCCUCCAACUUCUCUUCCAAGCUGCCCCAUGGCCCUUGAUCCAGAAAGCCACUUCACAAAGGUUGUGGGACAGCCAUGGGAGGCUUGUUGCUGGGAAAUGUAUGACAGCGGAACAGUUAGGCUGUACCCGUUUUGCACUCUUUCUGUAUACCAUAUUGCAGUAGACAGUCAUUUCAAGGGCACAGCAAGGUUUACUACGAAGUGAGGGACUCUUGGGCAUUAUAAACUAUGCAGAUGAGGUCCCUUGGGAGAAACUCCUCGAGGCGCCCAGUCUGAGACGGGGGGAAUGACAGUGUGAGCUCUCGAUGGUGUGAGACCACCCCAGAGCCAGAGCCAGACAAUGGCUACAGCCUUGGAACCAGAGGACCAGGAUCUUUGGGAAGAAGAGGGGAUCCUCAUGGUGAAAUUGGAAGAUGAUUUCACCUGUAGGCCAGAGUCUGUCUUACAGAGGGAUGACCCUGUGCUUGAGACGUCGCACCAGAACUUCCGGCGCUUUCGCUACCAGGAAGCAGCAAGCCCUCGGGAAGCUCUCAUCCGACUCCGAGAACUGUGUCAUCAGUGGCUGAGGCCAGAGAGGAGGACAAAGGAGCAGAUCCUAGAGCUGCUUGUGCUGGAACAAUUCCUUACUGUCCUGCCCGGAGAACUGCAGAGCUGGGUGCGGGGCCAGCGGCCAGAGAGUGGCGAGGAGGCCGUGACGCUGGUGGAGGGUUUGCAGAAACAACCCAGGAGACCAAGGCGGUGGGUGACUGUCCAUGUUCACGGCCAGGAAGUCCUGUCCGAGGAGACAGUGCAUCCAGCAGCAGAGCCCGGGUCACCUAGUGAGCUUCAGGAUCCUGCACACACCUUGACCCCCGAGGAGUCCCGUGAGGAGACCACACAGAGCCCAGAUCUGGGGGCACCAGAAGAGCAGAGCCUGUGCCAGGAGUUGGAGUUGCAGCCCCUGCAGGAGAGCGAGGUUCCAGUGCCCCAGGACCCAGCCCUUCCUGAAGAGAGGAACCCUGGAAACCCAGAGAUGGUUGCCCUUCUUACUGCUCUGUCACAGGUGCACCCUAGUUUCUGUCUAUACCAUGGAGAAUUUGAGGAACCGUUGGGCAUAUACACUGAACAGGGAUUGGUAACUUUCAAGGAUGUGGCUGUCUGCUUCUCCCAGGACCAGUGGAGUGAUCUGGAUCCAACACAGAAAGAGUUCUAUGGGGAAUAUGUCUUGGAAGAAGACUGUGGAAUUGUGGUCUCCUUGUCAUUUCCAAUCCCCAGACUAGACGAGAUCUCCCACAUGGGAGAAGAAGAGCCUUUGAUCCCAGAGAUCCCAGAGGCGCAGGAGCCUCGAGAGCCAGAAAUCCUGAGUUUCACCUACACAGGAGAUAGGAGUGAAGAUGAGGAGGAGUGUCCUGAGCCGGAAGAUCUGAGUUUGGAGGAUCUACACAGGUCUAUCUUGGGAGAUGCAGAGGUUCACCAGACUCCAGAUUGGGAAAUAGUCUUUGAGGAUGAUCCAGGUAGACUUAACGAAAGAAGAUUUGGCACAAAUAUUUCUCAAGUUAAUAGUUUAACGAAUCUUCAGGAAACCAUGCCUGUCCACCCCCUGUUAGGGAGACAUCAUGACUGUCCUGUAUGUGGUAAAAGUUUCACUUGUAACUCCCACCUUGUUAGACACCUGAGAACUCACACAGGAGAGAAACCCUAUAAAUGUAUGGAGUGUGGGAAAAGUUACACACGGAGCUCACAUCUCGCCAGGCACCAAAAGGUCCACAAAAUGAGCACUCCUUAUAAAUAUCCCCUAAACCGGAAGAAUCUGCAUGAGACCUCCCCUCUGGUCCAGGUUGAGAGAACUCCACCUGUUGAGAAACCCUAUAGGUGUGACGAUUGUGGAAAACACUUCCGCUGGACUUCAGACCUUGUCAGGCACCAGAGGACACAUACGGGAGAGAAACCCUUCUUCUGUACUAUUUGUGGCAAAAGCUUCAGCCAGAAAUCCGUGCUCACAACACACCAAAGAAUCCACCUUGGAGGCAAACCCUACUUGUGCGGAGAGUGUGGAGAGGACUUCAGUGACCACAGGCGGUACCUGGCCCACCGGAAGACACACGCAGCCGAGGAGCUCUAUCUGUGCAGUGAAUGUGGGCGCUGCUUCAACCACAGUGCCGCCUUUGCCAAGCACCUGAGGGGACACGCCUCAGUGAGGCCCUGCCGCUGCACCGAGUGUGGGAAGAGCUUCAGUCGGAGAGACCACCUUGUCAGGCAUCAGAGAACACACACUGGUGAGAAACCAUUCACAUGCCCUACCUGCGGAAAGAGCUUCAGCAGAGGCUACCACUUAAUCAGGCACCAGAGGACCCACUCAGGAAAGACCUCCUAGCCCGGUCCCCACGUGUGGACACCUGCCUUCGACUCUUUCCCAGGGAUGGUCUGGGAGAAGCCGUCUUGUCGGCCUGGGAAGACCUUUUCUAGGGAGUCCCCUGACCUGCCCAGAUGUGCGUUAGUAACCUCUUCCCACAACUAGAUCACCCCACCCCAGCCCCCCACCCCCCUGGGCAGAACCUCUCAACCUUCUUCUACACCUUGAGGAGAUAUUCUUCCCAAAGUUCGCCUGAAUUGAGGCCUCUCCGUGACGGGAGUGCUCCUGCCUUGACCUCACAGGUGUGAAGUAGGAGAAUUGGAAGACUUAAGAGGUUGUGUUUACUAUAUUUGCCCCCAAAUAAGCUGUUAACUAUCCUAAAGACGCCUAACACCCUCAAGUUUAAAGUGGCCCAGGACAAGUCCUUAGGUUUGAUAAGGGACCAUCCUUUAGGAUUCUGUCCUUCCUGGGCUCAAAUCUUAAAGCACACAGCCCUGAACUCAAGGCAGGAGACCUGCAUCCCGAUGGCUCUGCCACACUUUCACAGGUUAACUGUACAACUCUCACUGAUACACUUCUUCACCAUGCACUUUCCUUUGAUUCUCGGGAGAGAUGCGAGUAGUGGUUGAUGGGCAAAAACAUCAAGGCGGCUUCAUGUGGACCUUGUCAGGCUGCUCCCUUCCCCAUUGUCAAAAUGACACCAGGUGCCAGACACAGCUUGAAAGGGGGGCCUGGUCAGAAGCCUCUUUCCUUGUGGGGUUUUUUCCUGUUAGAAUGCUCCUGCCUAGCCCUCCUACUGUUCUGCCGGUCUCUUGGUUUUGUCCCUAGUGCUUAUUCUGCCACAAGUGAGAUGUAGCAUUUGGGUGCUGAGGGAUUCAGUAACGCCUAAUUAAAACCAUGUUGAAGUCAUUUACAUUUCCACAUAUAUACAAACCCACCCAGCCGACCCUCUUCACAUGAGUUUGUGAGGGGAUUUUGAAGUGGUGUCAGCUUACAAAGGCACUGUCAUUAUUGUAGAAUCCUGAUUGAUGGGGUCACUUCACUUACGUGAAGAAAGCUGGAGAAGAUCUGAGCUCCAAUUAUGGAAACUUUAAGCGAAAGCUGUUGCUGCUGGCCAAGGCCAUCCAGACUGUUCUCCUGACACCCCACCCCAUCCGCCCUGCCUCAUUCUCUGAUGUCAGGGAAACCUGGGACCCUGAAGAAUUUACCAGGAGUAAAGGCUUUCAUGUAUUUGCGUUGUUUGCUUUUUCUUACGUGAUUUCAUUUUCAUGUAAUUAAGAACUAAGGAGUAGAAUCUCAUGGCCCAAGGAUCUCUGUUGCCUGGUAAAGGUUCCAUGGAGAUGAGGCUGAAUAAUGAUGAACCUCACCUGCUCUGAUUGUGGGAGUGGCAAGGACUGGGGAGACCACCCUCCAAAAAUGGAGCACAGGGUAUGGAUUAAAGCAUG